CAGAGGGCCGAGAGAGGAGAGGAGAGGAGAGGAGAGGAGGAAGAGACGUCUACUGGGUGGUGGUGUUGGUGUUUGGAAGUGGGGAGAGAGAUUGAUUAUUAUUUAUAUUUCUUACUGUUUUUAAGGAUAAAGAAAGGUGGACAGUAAGGGGAGAUGCUCUUGCAUAUUUGGCAGGUUAAACCUUGGCAGCAUAUCUUUUAAAUGUGAGGAGAGAGGAGAGGAGGAUAACCAGGAAGGAGGAAGGAGGAGGAGGAGGAGAGGAAGGGGAAAGGCAAGGGGCUUUAAGAUUUCCUCAAGGUAAUCCUUCCUCUGACACUUUUGAUAGUGUUAUACGUUCCUUUAUUAUUAGUAAGCUGAUCAGUAAGAAAGAUUGCAGUUGUGCUCGGUCGAGCUCUGUGGAAAUUGAGUUAUGCAUCAUUAUGCAAAGGCUUCAGAAAUGCAAGUUGUUGGAAAGAAAGGUUCAGAGAAUAAUUCACUCUAUUCAACAUCUACUUUUGUGAACAAUCCGGCCUGGUGGAAUAUGAGCAGUGCAAAUAUUCUGCAGUCCUCUUAUUCCAAAGAAUUGAAUAUGAAUAUGGACUACUUAGCAAAAGAUGGUAACAGGGAAACACAAUUGAGCCAUACAAUAUCUGACCAUGACUCUUCAACUCACUCCAGUGAUCAAUCCCAUCGAGAAGUAUCCGAAAUGAGUGAAGACAAUAUCAAUCAGCAAUACAUUUCUAUACAGUCUGGUACUGAUAAUCCAUAUAGCAAAUCUGACAGUCCCACGAAACCAGUUUUAUGUUUGGGGAAUUCAGAAGUUUCAUUUGCACCUCCGAAGAUGAACUAUGGCCAAUCUUUAGGCCACAUGCAAUAUCCUUAUGCUGACCCUUACUUGGGUGGCUUCCUUGCUGUUUGCGGACCACCAGCCAUGAUCCAUCCACAAAUGGCAGGAACAUCUUCUGCUUCUCGCAUGCCACUGCCUCUUCAACCUGCAGCUGAAGGACCUAUUUAUGUCAAUGCAAAACAAUACGCUGCGAUUCUACGAAGACGGCAACUGCGCGCAAGGUUGGAGGCUGAAAAUAAACUCAUAAAGAGCAGAAAGCCAUACCUUCACGAAUCGCGUCAUCUCCACGCGAUGAAGCGAGCAAGGGGUUCCGGUGGAAGAUUUCUCAACACAAAGCAACUUGAGGAGCAGCAGCAGCAGCAACAACAGACCCAACUUUCAACAAUGUCAGUCUGCCAAGGUCUCUCUGAUUCGGCGAGUGCCAACGCGAGAGCUGUUCCGACGAAUGGAAGCAAGGGAGGUGAACGGAAACACUUCAGCUUCCCAACAUCCAAUUUUCACUCAAGUUUGGAGUGAGCAUGCAAGGUGGAAGCACCAUGAUCGAACUUGGGGCAUUGAGAAGAUUGCAUUGUGCUGUCUGUCAUGGUGUUUCCCUGGCAAUUCAUCCUUGGCUUUUGGUAGUAUCUUCGUUUCAAGUGUUUUAUUUGACAUUUCUAGUGAACAUAAAUAGGAUUCGACUGCAUGAUACUGAUAACUCGUCUAAACAAUAUGGUGUAAAGUUCUGAGUCUGUCUAUUAUGAAUCUCCUUCUCGUUA